AUGGCGAGCCAUCUUUCCGAAGACCAUCUGCAACUCCUCAAGAAGCGGAAAGACGAAGAGAAGAAACUCAGGAAUAUCGGUGUCCUACCUAGCCACGUCAAACCUAAACCCAAACCUACCGAAGUGAUCAUCAGCAAAAUAGCUCAAAAAAAAAAACAGCACAAAUUGCUCGAAGCGUCCAGGCUCCAAAAUAUUAAUAGCAGUAAAAAUGUUAAGAAUUCUAAGCGAGAGUUGGCGGUCCCUUCCGCCAUCACCGUCGCCCAACUAGCUCAAUUAACACACCAGAAACUAUAUAGAUUACGAUCAUUGAUGCAGUCGGCAGGCCUAUUGGAUACCAGGCCGGACCGGAUCUUGAGCACGGAUGACACGGCAUAUCUAGUACUAGAAUCAGGGUAUGAGCCUAUCGUGAACGACACGCUGGCCUACGACAUAUACCCAGACCCGACGAGUGCGGACCGGUCGAGGCUGCCGCUACGGCCACCGGUGGUGUGUAUCAUGGGCCAUGUGGACCACGGAAAGACGACACUACUGGACGCGCUACGGAAGACGGCUGUGGCGGCUUCGGAGGCCGGAGGAAUCACGCAACACAUCGGUGCGUUCGAGUGCGAUGCGCAGUCGGGGGCCAUGACGACCGACGUGGCCGUCCUAGUGGUCGCGGCGGAUGACGGAGUGAAGCCACAGACGAAGGAGGUGAUCGAGUUGGUCCGCCAGACCGACAUCGGCGUAGUAGUUGCCAUCACCAAGUGCGACAAGCCUGGGAUCGAUCUCCACCGGACUCGUGCAGGGAUCUAUGAGGCGGGGAUCGAGGUGGAGGGCUUGGGCGGGGAGGUGCCUUGUGUGGAGGUGUCGGCGGUCUCCGGAAAAGGCCUCGCCGAACUCGUGGAGACGAUUCUGGCGGUCGCCGAAGUACGCGACCUUCGUGCGGAACACGACGGAGUCCGUUUCGAGGGCCGGGUGAUCGAGUCGGACGUCGAGCGUGGACACGGGAACAUGACCUCGGUGAUCACCCUCCGCGGGCGUCUGCAUGUCGGGCUGGACAUCGUAGCCGGCCGGGCGUACGGUCGGGUCCGCCAACUGAUCACGGUUCUUGGUGAGCCCGUCUCCCAGGUCUCGCCGGGUCGACCGGUGCGGAUGACUGGAUGGAAGAGUCUGCCCGAGGCCGGCAGCCUUGUGCUCGGGGUCGAGUCGGAAGAGCAGGCCAAGCGUGCCUGCGAGAAGCGGGUGCUCCGGUUCGAGGAGCUCGGGCUGGCGGAGCAGAUCGAGCUUGUGAACGAACGACGAGCCCAGGCUCGGGAGGCCUUCGAGACCGGCAAGGCCGAACUGGAGGGCAUGACGCGACGCGAACGGCUCACCCAUCUCCGCGAACGCAACCAACAGGCCUCGGCACAGGCCAAGGCGGACUGGCGCAAGGAGCAAGAAGCCCCAGACUGUCUCAAGAUCGUCCUCAAGGCCGACUACACGGACACAGUUGAGGCGGUCCGAACGGCCAUCGAGGGCCUCGGGAACAACGAGGUAAAGGUCAAGAUCGUCGCUCGGGCUGACGCCAGAAUGGCCAUCGCCUCGGGCGCUACCCUUGCUGGCUUCAACGUCAAGAUCGACCCAAUGGCCUUCAGCCCAAUUGAGACACAUAAAGUCAAAUACACAAUCGAAUCAGUCAUCUAUCGUCUCGUCGAUAGCAUCACCAAAGAUCUUAUUCAGCUCCUCCCUAAACGGUUCAAGGAACGCGUCGUCGGCGAAGCUAAAAUCCUCCAGAUCUUCGAAAUCAACGGUCCGGCUCCCUCCAGGGGGUCUUCCAAAGUCAAGUCUAAGGUCGCUGGAUGUAAGGUUUCUAUUGGAGAAAUCAAGAAAACUUGCUUCAUCAAGAUUCUCCGGUAUAAGCAAGUAAUUUGGAAAGGUCAAAUCAAGGACCUAAAGCAAGGAAAGAAGGAGACGAGCGUGGUUCUGAAAGGGUACGAGUUUGACAUUUCGUUCAAAGAGCCGGAGCAGCCGAUCUUGUCGAGCAUCGAUGAGAGCGGCGCCACCAGCAACAGCGCCAAAAACGAAGAGAGUGGCCUGGCCGGGAGCGGGAGCGGGGGACAGGUGUUUGAUUGGCUCAAAGUCAACGAUGAGAUCCUCGCUGUCGACGAAGUUCCUAUCAAACGCUCCUUGAACGACGGCUUGUGA